GUAAGCCCCGCCCCCAGCAUAUACUUUUGUCUGACGACGUUUGAGACUUCAGAUCGAUUCCACACACCUGAGAGCACCAUUCACCUGUGGACAGGAAAAUCUGCCAAGAUGUGCUGCAAGGGUUUUCUCAAAGUUAUGAUGUUCGUCUUCAACGGCGUCAUCUUUCUGGCAGGCGCUGCCAUAUUGGCGGUGGGCAUCUGGGUGGCAGUAGACAGAGUCUCUCUUCUGGGCUUUAUAGAGCACAUUGAAGAGGCGCCCCCUGAACUGGCACAGCUGGCAAACAUCGGCUACCUGCUGAUCGGUGUGGGAGUGUUUCUGACGCUCGUGGGCUUCCUGGGAUGCUGUGGAGCCGUAAAGGAAAGCAAAUGCAUGCUGCUCUCGUUCUUCACCAUUGUGCUCAUUAUCUUCCUCGUGGAGGUGGCAGCGGCGAUAGUGCUCUUCGUCUUUGAGCCUUUGUUUCAGAAAAUUCUGGAUGAAAUUGAAGGAAAAGUUGCUAAAAGCAUUGAGGACAACUAUGGCCGCUCCGAGAGUUUCACUUCAGUCUGGAACAGCACUAUGAAUGAGCUGAAAUGCUGUGGAUAUACAAACUACACUGACUUCAUGGGCUCUCCGUUCGUAAAUUCCACAUCACUGUAUCCUGUCACAUGUUGCACAAAUAGUUCUGGACCCUGCAAUGAAAUGGCAGCAAAAACAGAUAUUGCCGUGGGCUGCUUCCAGGCAUUAGUGAAUCUGGUCGAAGACAAUGCAAUUCUGCUGGCUGGUGUGGCUUUGGGAAUCGCUGCUUUAGAGAUAGCAGCAAUGGUUGUUUCUAUGAUCCUUUACAAGAAUGUAGGAAAAUGAAACCAGGACCAGCAACAUUUCUGUUUACAUCAUUGUUUACUGUGAAAUGUGUAACUAUUGAAUAUUUUAUCUGGAGUUGUGUAAAUAUCUGCUGCACGUAUGAACGACUUUAGCUAUAAAAUGUAGAUUUUUUUUUUGUUCUUUUUUAAAAUAUAUAUUUUUUUAAUUUUUAACCUCAAGUACAAGCAUAUUUUGGUCAAGAUAUGAUCCUGACUGCAAAUGUUUAAUGUCUAAAACAAUGUUAUUAAAGAUCAUUACAACAUAUUCUACACUAUCUUUGAUAUAUUACACUAUUUGAUUAUUUGUGUAUGAACAUCUGUACCAACUAUCAUAUAAUAACACAGAAGACAGGAAUCACUGGUUGAAAAGACCUAUGAAUGUAUCACAUCAUAUCUAGUUAAUGGUAUAAAGUCUUGUCAUUAAUUACUCACCUCUAUAUGCCAUUCUAACACAGUACAUGUAACGCCCAUGGACUAUUAUGUGUUUGUUUUCCUCCACCACAUGUUCCAUGUCCUAGUUUUCUCCUGCAUUUCCUUGUGUCCAUAUUUGGUUUUCCUGUUCCCAUUAAGUUUAAUUGUUCAUUGAUUUCAGGUGUGUCCCAAUUAUGUCUAUGUGUAUUUAAGCCCUGUGUUUCCUGUGUCCUGCAUGUGGUAUUUUUUUUUUUUUUUGCUCAUCCCUUGUGCUACUUGUGUGUUCCUUUGGAUAAUAAAUAAUUAAAUGCU